AUGCGCAGGACGAGCAGCAACGGUUUGAAGCUCGACCUAACAGAGAACACCCCAGGUAGCUCGUUGUCGCGGCUGCCGAAUUUAGUCGAGCAUGCGGAGAGCUGUCAAGCACUGUCCGCCGGAACCGGUGAGAAUUUAAGCAGCAAACUGCCAAACGUGGUCGAGGGCUCCAUGGACUAUGGUAGCGAGCGCAGAUCCUCCCGGUACCUCGAGUACCAAGACUCCAAGCCUUAUCAGGAUCCCCAGUCGGCUUCGGGGCUGCCCCCGUACGAGCAGGGUUACCACCACGAUCAGUCGAGGGGCUACAGAGGCUACGACCGUAACCCGUACGAUAGGGAGGAUAUCGACCGAUACGAUAACAGAAUUUAUCCCGAGGAUAGCCUGAGGUACGAUCGUCGGGGGGAUCAGAAAACGUAUCAGGAAUCGGACCUGGACGCGCCCUACGAGAGGAGCGAUGCUCAGAAGCUUAGCAGGACUUAUCCCGCGGAGCUCCCGGAGUCCGGCAGGAGAUACUCGAGAGAUUUGACAGAUUACGAGUACGCGUCGAGAUACGCGGAGGAGACGUUGAAACUCGAGCCGAAGAAGGAUCAUCACCAUCAUCACUCGGGGAAGGUGUACGAGCCGGCGCCCUCCAAGGGCUACGAGUCCGGCGUGAAGACGCACGAUUCCGCCUACGAGCUGUCCUGCUCCGCGCAGCAGGACCUCGCCGCGCGAAAGUACGAGACCAAGUAUCAUUCCGCGAACAAGAUGUACGGGACGUUGCCCAGGUACGAGGCGAGCAAGUCCUACGAGCCCAGAUCGUACGAGUACGAGGAACAGACGUACGAGACCACCGGGAAACCGUACGACUCCAAGUACGAGCUGACCAGCUCGAAGAGCUACGAGCGCACCAAGUACGACUGCUCGUCGUCCUCCAGGUACCAGGACAAGUCGUACGACCAGACGCUGAAGAUCGGCGAGCUGGGGUCCUCGUCGUCGGCCGCUUACGUCAGAAAGACGCAGGACCAGGAUGAGACCAACGCCGAGAAAAUGAACGGAUACAGGAAGAACAAUUUCGAAACGUACGGUGUGUACUCCGACCCCGAGGACGAUCACGGCUUCCCCGCCGAGAAAAAGACGCCGCAGUAUCCGUACAAGGGUGUCGUCGUGAACGUCAGCGGGGAGUCGAGCGUCAUAGAUCAGAAACGCGCCAAGGAUGGCAGACAAACCGAGAUGCCGGGAAGCCCUUGGUGCAGGCCUACUAUACUGUUGUUGUUCCUGGUCCUGCUUGUCGUCGUCUUCGUUUUCGUCGCUGGGAUUCUUCUCUACCUAAACUACAUGUCCUACAAGCCGCAGCGUUCCAUUAUCGAGGGUAAGGAUCUAAAUUUCGCCAGUAAUAACGCGGAGCCCUGCGAGAAAACGUAUUGUUCCUGGGGAGCGACGUGCGUCGUGUUGGAGACCGGAAAACCUUCGUGCCAGUGUCCCGCCGAUUGUCCUUUGACUUCUGAACCUGUCUGUGGCUCCGACAAUGUGACCUACACUAACUACUGUCACCUACGACAAGCCAGCUGUCAGCAGAGAAAAACGACACGCGUGAGGCACCAGGGCGCCUGUGGUGAGUACAAUUCUUUAUACUUUUCUCAGGUCUACUGCCCUUUGAGCCUUCGAGUAAGCGUGCCCGCCGACUGGAACUUCAAAUAA